CGUCAGUUAGAAGGGGCAAUAUUAACAAAGACACAGAGAAGGAAUAAUCUUGGCCUGUUUAUCAAACGAUGACGUAGAUGCCAGAGGAAAGCAACCUGUACUUUAGGGAGCUGCAGGGAGAAAUGGUCUUCUCAGGGAACAGCAGGCUGCCAGUGUGAGACAAGAAGAGUCCGGAAGCCCCGGGCGUUGGGAAGGUCCUGGAAGCGGGCGUGUCUGCGCGUGCGCCGAGCAGCGACCAUGGCGCAGUACAAGGGCACGAUGCGCGAGGCCGGCCGGGCCAUGCACCUGAUCAAGCAGCGGGAAAAGCAGAAGGAGCAGAUGGAGGUGCUGAAGCAGCGGAUCGCCGAGGAGACCAUCAUCAAGUCGAAGGUGGACAAGAAAUUCUCGGCUCAUUACGACGCCGUGGAGGCCGAGCUGAAGUCGAGCACGGUGGGCCUGGUGACCCUGAACGACAUGAAGGCCAAGCAGGAGGCCCUGCUGAAGGAGCGGGAGAGGCAGCUAGCCAAGAGGGAGCAGCUGGAGGAGCGGCGGCUGCAGCUGGAGGCGCUGCGGGAGAAGGAGCGCAAGCAGGAGCAGAAGCGCAAGAUCUGCAGCCUGUCCUUCACGCUCGACGAGGGCGACGCGGGCGACGCGGACGCGGCGGCUGAGGAGCCGCCCAGGCCCGCGGGGCUGAGCAAGAGGAAGAAGAACCUGGGGAAGAAUCCAGACGUGGACACGAGCUUCCUGCCCGACCGCGAGCGCGAGGAGGAGGAGAACCAGCUGCGUGAGCAGCUGCGGCAGGAGUGGGAGGCCAGGCGCGAGAAGGUGAAGCGCGAGGAGAUGGAGGUCACGUUCAGCUACUGGGACGGCUCGGGGCACCGGCGCACGGUCCGCAUCCACAAGGGCGGCACGGUGCAGCAGUUCCUGAAGAAGGCGCUGCAGGGGCUGCGCAAGGACUUCCGCGAGCUGCGGUCGGCCGGCGUGGAGCAGCUCAUGUACAUCAAGGAGGACCUGAUCCUGCCCCACUACCACACCUUCUACGACUUCAUCGUCACCAAGGCCCGGGGCAAGAGCGGGCCGCUCUUCAGCUUCGACGUGCACGACGACGUGCGGCUGCUGAGCGACGCCACCAUGGAGAAGGACGAGUCGCACGCCGGCAAGGUGGUGCUGCGCAGCUGGUACGAGAAGAACAAGCACAUCUUCCCCGCCAGCCGCUGGGAGCCCUACGACCCCGAGAAGAAGUGGGACAAGUACACGAUCCGUUGAUCCCUGAGGCUCCCCUGAGGCUCCCCUGAGGCUCCCUGUCCUACCCCUCUCCGGUCCUGCAGAGCCCUGGCACGCGUCGCCUUCGCAGCCCCCUGGUGGCCUCCUGCUCACUCCAGGGCAGCGACAACCAGCAUAGGAAACUGAUUUCUGUACCCCGUAACUUAAUUUGGUGACCUUAAUUUCUUGCCCAAAAUUGAAUAAAGA